GCUCUUGUUUGUCUUGGGAUGAUCUGUCAUCAUGUGGACGACGCUCACAAAGUUAGACCUAACCUCUGUAUGCCUGGCUCUGUUUCUGGGCAUGAUCUUUAUGGUUCUGUUUGAGAUCUUCAGGAUUAAAUCAUGCAGAGGUCAAUUUCCACCUGGUCCCAGACCUCUGCCUUUUUUAGGAACCUUACCGAGUUCCAAGAAGCCACUUCAGUUUAUAAGAUCGCUAUCACAGUAUGGAGAGAUAUCUACUGUGUAUUUUGGGAGGAAACCAAUGAUAGUCCUAAAUACAAUCCAGGUCGCUAAGGAAGCAUUGGCUCAGGAAGCUUAUUCUGGAAGACCGUCCAUGCCAAUUGUAUACUGGCUAUCUAAGGGACACGGCAUAAUAACAGCCCCCUUUGGUCUCUCUUGGAGGCAGCAGAGACGUUUUGCUCUGCACACGCUCAGAAAUUUUGGCCUGGGGAAGAAAUCAGUAGAAGAUCGCGUGUUAGAAGAAAGCCACUAUCUGAUUGCUGAAAUGCUUAAAUCAGAAGGCAAGUCUUUGAACCCACAUCAUGCCGUGCACAAUGCGGUUUCUAACAUCAUCUGUUCCAUCGUGUUUGGAGAUCGCUUCGACUACGAUAACAAACACUUCUCAUACCUUCUGAAAAUCCUCAAUGAACACUCCAUUCUCAUAGGGUCAGUUGCGGGACAGAUUUUCAAUUUAGCCCCCUUCAUAAAGCAUUUUCCUGGGCCGCAUCAGAAGGUCCUGCAGAACUUCACUGAGUUACUGGGUUUCAUCCGGGAUAAAAUAAAAGGACAUGAGGGAACUCUGGAUCCAGACAGCCCUCGAGACUUCAUUGAUGCCUACCUGCUGGAGAUCGAGAAACAAAAGUCCAACAAGGGCUCCACGUUUCAUGAGGAUAACUUGGUCAUGUCAGUACUUGACCUGUUUUUUGCUGGAACCGACACCACAGCAACCACCAUCAGAUGGGGACUCAUCUACUUGAUUCAAAACCCAGAUGUACAAGAGCGAUGUCAUGAGGAGAUUGUUGGUGUUCUGGGAUACGACCGUCUGCCCAGCAUGGAUGACCGUGAACGAUUACCGUAUACAUACGCCACUGUCCACGAGAUUCAGCGCUGUGCCAACAUUGUACCUUUUGGUGUAGUUCAUGAAACCACUCAGCCCACAAAACUACGAGGAUACGACAUUCCCCUGGAAACUACAAUCGUUACAAACCUAGCUUCAAUUUUCAGCCAUAAGGAGCACUGGAAGCAUCCAGACGCCUUUAAUCCGGAGAAUUUCUUGGAUGAAAAUGAGAACUUCUUCAAACCAGAGUCUUUCAUCCCCUUCUCACUCGGUCCGAGGGUCUGUCUCGGGGAGACUCUGGCGAGGACGGAGCUCUUCUUGUACAUCACCUGUCUCCUACAGAGGAUUCAUUUCUCCUGGCCGCCCGAGCCGCAGUCCAUCCACAUGGAUGGGAUGACCUCUGGUUCUCACUUUCCUCAGAGUUACAACAUCGUCUGCCGCAGCAGAGAUACCAAAGAGUGACCAUCCGUAACUCCAAACAUAUCACACAGAUAUCUUCAUAUAAUUUAAAUGAAAAUAAUGUUUAAUACUCCAUCUCUAUUCAAAAAUAUCAGCUCGCAUCCGCUCCACUUUCACUCAAAUGCCAUUCGUUGCAGUUUUGAGAAUUGAUCUGUUGGUGAAUGCAUUCUAAUUCUUAACGCAAUUAUAAAUGUAGACUAGAAAGCCAAUAAAGAAUGCUCCCCUUAUAAUCAAUGAAAAGCUCAAUCAUCUCAUUCCGUUAUGAAACUCGCUGCAUGAUUUUGAUCAGAGUAAUAAGAAAUAAUUUAUUUGCAAUUUUUUUUACCGCAUCGGAUGACACUGAUGCAUCUGAACAGUUGUGAACAGCACAAAUAUAUAUUUGUGUUUAUGCAAUUAAACUUUUUGUAUAAAUUUUACUUGUCAUUUUGACAAUUUUUGCUUUUGACUUUUUUUAAUGUAAUUGUUUAUUAUGAACUGUAUUUUAUUGUAAAAUAACAUUUUUACAUGGAUAUAUAGUUGUAUAUUUGUAUAGUGAAAUGUUUUCCACUACAAAUUAAAACUGACAUGCAGUUAAACAGAAUAAAGGAUUACAAAUCAA